AUGGAGUCGGAGGGGAAUAAGAUAUCAGUGUGGGUCUGCCGAGAGGAAAAGCUCGUCCUCGGCUUGUCAAAGCGCACAACUUGCGCUGAUGUUAUCAAAGUGCUUCUUGAAGACCAGAACUCCCAACAAGGGCUUUGCGCGGCACAGUCCUACUGCAUCGUGGAGAAAUGGAGGGGAUGCGAGAGGAUUUUGCCAAACAAAACUAGGAUUUUGCGACUUUGGGUCGCCUGGGGAGACGAGCAGAUAAACGUCAAGUUCGUGCUGGUGAAGAGCGAAGCGUCUUUGGACAGCCACGGAGCCCGAAGCGCAGAGGCGCGCGUGGUGCUCAGCAAACAGAGCCCCUGUAUUAUGAAAGGGACCGCGCGGUGUGCCGUGAGUUCCAUCUCACCUGAGAAACAGCGUCGGAUAGUCAGGAAAGCUUUCAGAAAGUUGGAGAAGAUCAAUAAAAAGAGAUCGAAGGCGGCGCGCAGAGACGCGUCCUGCGCGGAGAAGAUGGAAACUUUGGUUCAUUCUGUGGUUUCUCAGGAUCACACAAUCCGACAGCAGAUUCAGAGGAUUACAGAGCUGGACGCAGAGAUCGAAAGGUGCGAGGCGAAGGUGCACAUGGACAGAAUUAAAAGGCACGGGGCCAAUUACGUUCAAAAUACGUAUUUGGUUGAUGCGGCUUCCAGCUACAAAGUGGAAAACCUGCGUUCCUCUGACACUUUGGCCAAGCUUGAAAAGUAUUUCCGACACCGUGAGGAGGUGGUUAGACUACAGGAGGAGUUGUGGGAGCAGGAAACCCUUACAGACGUGAUCACAGGGGAGAUCCAGGAUGAGCUGAACCACCGCUGGAUGCAGCGGAGGAAGGAGGAGCUGCAACGUAAAAACUUGGAGUCUGGGGAUGACUCGCCAUUCCUUCCCAGCACCGAAGUGGAAACAUCACCAGAAAACGAGCAGCUUUUGGAUGAAGAGAGGAUCAAAACGCAGUUAAAUGCCAGUUUAUACAUCGGUCUGCGCCUCAACGCGGAUUUAGAAGCUAUUAGGAGCGAUUUAGAGCUGACCGAGCAGAUUUGCGGGGAGAGGGAGAGGGAGAUAAGGGAUUUGCUGGAGAAAGUGAACACUUUGGGCAUGGAGGAGGGGACAGACACUAAGAAGAGAUAUAGCCAAGGGGCAGACAUUAAGACGGGGAUGAUGAGCACUUUGCAGAGAAAAAACGGGUGGGUGGAGCAAGCAAGGGGGUUGUCAAAAACUCACAAUGUGAACGACGACGAUUCAGACACUGGCUUAAGUUCUCUGCACAGUCAGGACUCCGACAGCCUCCCUGUGUGGGAAUCACUAGUUUAAUAUUUUCCUUGGAAAACUGGCUUAUCUAUGUUUCUAAUUCUCAGGGGUCAUAAGUACUCUGACGUAAACAAAUUAUUUUUUUUCCACUUUCAACACACACAUAUUGCUUU